AUGCAAAAAGAUAAGGAAAGAAUCACGAUUCUUUUUUGCUGUAAUGCAAGUGGAAAAAAUAAAAAUAAACCCCUUGUUAUUGGUAAAUCACAAAAACCAAGAUGCUUCAAUCAUAUUAAUAUUGAGACAUUACCUGUUAAAUAUUCCAAUAGUACAAAUGCAUGGAUGACAAUGGAGUUAUGGAAUGAUUGGUUGAAAUGGUUUGAUUCCCAACUAAAGAAAAAAUCGAUUUUGUUAAUUGAUAAUUGUCCUGCUCAUACUGAUGGCUCACAUCUUGGUCUUAAAAAUUUACAUGUAAUAUACCUUCCACCCAAUACUACAUCACAUAUUCAGCCUUGUGAUGCUGGGAUCAUUCAUAAUUUUAAA